AGUAUUAACAGCGAUUGAUAAAGGUGUGCGUUUUUAGGGAGAACGCGAGUUUUUUAAUAUUCAGUCAAAUAAACCAGUGAAUUGCUCAAAAGACAGUGCAAUCUUUUUAUUUUAAAGCAUCAAAAUAAUGAGUUACCAAGUGGAUUCGUUAAAUGCGGCUCAUCUGGAGUUACAAGGCGGCAGUUCCGCGGAAUUGCGUCGUCCGUUUGAUCCUACAGCUCACGAUUUAGAACCAUCUUUUCGGUUAACACGAUUUGCAGAUCUAAAAGGACGCGGCUGCAAAGUUCCACAAGAAGUUCUUGGUAAGCUUGUUGCAUCACUACAACAAGAUUACUCUGUUGCUGAACAGGAAGCACAGUUUAUGAACAUAGCUAUACCUCGAAUUGGUAUCGGAUUGGACUGCUCAGUGAUACCUUUACGCCAUGGUGGGUUAUGCUUAGUGCAAACAACUGAUUUUUUUUAUCCGAUCGUUGAUGACCCCUAUAUGAUGGGUAAAAUAGCUUGUGCGAAUGUUUUAAGUGACCUAUACGCUAUGGGGGUAACUGAUUGUGACAAUAUGCUUAUGCUGCUAGCUGUAAGUACUAAAAUGACAGAAAAAGAACGCGAUGUCGUUGUGCCAUUAAUAAUGCGAGGAUUUAAAGAUUCAGCUUUAGACGCAGGCACAACUGUAACAGGCGGUCAAAGUGUUGUAAAUCCAUGGUGUACGAUUGGAGGUGUUGCUUCCACCAUAUGUCAACCAAAUGAAUAUAUAGUGCCUGAUAACGCAGUUGUAGGCGAUGUAUUAGUUUUGACGAAGCCAUUAGGUACUCAAGUGGCGGUGAAUGCGCAUCAAUGGUUAGAUCAGCCAGAAAGAUGGAAUCGUAUCAAGCUCGUUGUUUCCGAGGAGGACGUACGAAAGGCAUAUCAUCGUGCUAUGAACUCAAUGGCGCGCCUUAAUCGUACCGCAGCUCGUCUUAUGCACAAGUAUAAUGCACAUGGUUCUACUGAUAUAACAGGAUUUGGCUUGUUAGGUCAUGCACAAACUCUUGCUUCACACCAAAAAAAAGACGUGUCAUUUGUAAUCCAUAAUUUGCCAGUAAUAGCUAAAAUGGCAGCGGUUGCUAAAGCUUGUGGAAACAUGUUUCAGUUACUGCAAGGACAUUCUGCCGAAACUUCUGGUGGUUUACUUAUAUGCUUACCUCGGGAACAAGCUGCUGCAUACUGUAAAGACAUUGAAAAACAGGAAGGAUAUCAGGCGUGGAUCAUUGGAAUUGUAGAGAAAGGUAAUAAAACGGCACGGAUUAUUGACAAGCCACGCGUAAUAGAAGUGCCCGCAAAGGACUAAAGUAUUGUCUGGACAUUUUUUCAGCACUUAAAGUGCAUUUCAGUUUUUGCUUUUCAAAUGUCUGUGUUUAUUAAGAUUUUAAUCAACAUGAUUAAAUAAAAUGAAAGCUUAUUACUACUAUAAGUUUGGU